AUGGCAGACCCUUUCACAACUGGUGCCACUAAAGAGGGAUGCCAGGAACAGCAGAGGCCAGAGCAGCAGGAGGCAGUGGCUGCAGAGCCUGCUGAAGAAGCAAUCUCAGAGGGGUCUGAAUCGGGCGAGCAGUGGGAGCCGGAGGAGGCCGUUCAACCCGUUAAAUCUGCCCCGCAGACCCUAUCACAACUUUCAGAUGUUCUUAAAGCAAUUGAAAACAUUAUCAAAGAGACACUCACCUACCUUGCGAAGGGAGAAGCCCCAGUUAUUACUUUUGGUAAACGAUCAUCCUGGGAAAAUAUUCGAUUUGAUGAUAAUGUUGGCCUGCAGAUGGUAUCUGAUUGCACUGUCAGCAAAGUGAGGUGUGAGUGCUCUAAAUCGAUCCACAGGUUUGCUCUAAUAUUUAAGACCCUGUCGAUGAUCUACAAGUUGGUGCAGAGCAAUACUUACGCAACUAAAAGAGACCUGUAUUACAAUGAAACACAGUUGUUUGGGUCACAGAUGAUUCUUGAUGGUAUUAUCAAUGAUAUAUGCUGCAUGUUGAAAGUACCACGCAGAUGUCUUCACAUACUGUCUACCUCUAAAGGCUGCAUUGCUGGUGAUCUAUGCUAUACUGAGGAAGAUGGCAACAGAGUGAACUGUGCUUGCAAUUCUGCUGCAGUUCUCGUGCCGUCGAAUGUGGAUGGGAUAAAAAAUUUAAAUUCUGCUGCUAAAUUUGUGCUUGUAGUGGAAAAAGAUGCCACCUUCCAGAGGCUAUUGGAUGAUGACUUUUGUACCAAAUUGUUCCCGUGCAUAAUUAUAACUGGUAAAGGAGUACCAGAUCUAAACACCAGAUUGAUGGUCCGGAAACUGUGGGACAUGCUGCACAUCCCAAUUUUUGCCCUAAUGGAUGCUGACCCACAUGGUAUUGAGAUCAUGUGCAUCUACAAGUAUGGGUCAAUGUCUAUGUCCUUUGAUGCUCACAGACUGACUGUUCCCAUUAUUGGUUGGUUGGGCCUACUUCCAUCUGAUAUUCAAAGGUUAAAUAUACCUAAAGAAGUUUUGAUUCCUCUCACUAACAAUGACACGAAGAAGCUGACCAAACUGCAGAAGAGACCCUACGUUAACUGCCAGCCUUUCUGGAAGAAAGAAAUGGAAAUAAUGGAGACAUGUAAAGUAAAGGCUGAAAUACAGGCCCUCGCAUCCAUUUCUUCAGACUACCUUACAAGAGUGUACUUGCCAAACAAACUCAAGUUUGGUGGAUGGAUAUAA